AUGCUUAGUAACGAAUCGAUCCGGUCAUUCUUCGUCGCCUUUGCAGUCAUUGCCGCUCUCAUGACUACAUCUACAACUGCUAUGCCAAUUGGCAAUAGUGACAAUCAGUCUCUCGUGGCUGAAGUCCUGAAUGACCAAAGCUCGUCGGCGUCCAGUACUGAUGAUGUUACCAAAGCAACAAGUGGCGUCACCGGCGGAAUAAACAGUGCUCUUGAUAUAGUUAAAGGUCCCGCCUCAGGAGAUGCACAAAAUUCAGCCGGUGGAUCAGAUACUACUGGAACUGCGGGUGGAAAUACGCAAACAGGAUCAAGAGCUAAAAAAGAUAUGCGAGUUGGUCGUCCUCCAAGCAGCGAGCUAAAGACGUGUCUCGCAGGAACUACCUGUCUGGAGUAA